AUGGCUGCUAAGAUAGCUCUCCUCGCACUUAUGGUCUCCUUCCUCCUUGCCGCUUCUCCGGCCGCCCAUGGCCACGUCGAACGCCGCAGCUUUCGCGCCACCAUGAUCCGCCGCACCGAGACCGCCGCCAUCAACUUCACGCAGGCCGCUCGUCAGUCUCACCACCGGCUGUCAAUGCUUGCCUCCCGGCUCAACACGGCCUCGAGCCACGUGACUGGACAGACACCGCUGCGGAUGGACGGUGACGGCGGCGCCUAUGACAUGGAGUUCUCCAUCGGCACGCCGCGGCAGAGCCUAACGGCCCUCGCCGACACCGGCAGUGACCUCAUCUGGACCAAGUGCGGCGCCUGCGCGUCGUGCGCGCCGCAGGGCUCCCCUUCCUACUACCCGGACAGGUCGUCGACUUUCUCCAAGCUCCCGUGCUCCGAUCGUCUCUGCGGCGCCCUCAAGUCCGAGAAGCUCGCGACGUGCCCUGCCAGCGGCGCGGAGUGCGACUACACGUACUCCUACGGCCUGGAGGCCAGCGACACCUUCACCCAGGGCUACCUCGCCAGCGAGACCAUCACGCUCGGCGGCGCCGCCAUGCCGGGCGUGGGCUUCGGGUGCACCAACGUGUCGGAGGGCGAGUACGGCAGGAGCUCAUCCGGCCUCGUCGGGCUCGGCCGCGGGCCGCUGUCCCUCGUCUCCCAGCUGGAAGCCGGCGCUUUCUCGUACUGCCUCACCAGCGACACCUCCAAGGCCAGCCCUCUCCUCUUCGGCUCGGCGGCCAGCUUGUUGGGCAACGGCGUCCAGUCCACGGGGCUCCUCACGUCCACGUCCAGCACCUUCUACACCGUGAACCUCGAGCGCAUCUCCAUCGGCUCGUCGACGACCCCCGGAACCAACGACGGCGUCGUGUUCGACUCCGGCACGACGCUGACGUUCCUCUCGGAGCCGGCCUACUCGCAGGCGAAGGCGGAGGUGCUGUCGCAGACGAACCUUGCCCGGGCGGCGGACAGGGACGGGUUCGAGGCGUGCUUCGACCAAUACAGCGGCGGCGACCCCGCGGCGGCCGUGCCGGCGAUGGUGCUCCACUUCGACGGCGGCGCCGACAUGGCCCUGCAGGUGCGCAACUACUUUGUGGACGUGGGCGACGGCGUGGCGUGCUGGGUCGUGCAGAGGUCGCCCAGCCUGUCCAUCAUCGGUAACAUCAUGCAGAUGGACUUCCACGUCCGGUACGACGUCGACAACUCGGUGCUGUCGUUCCAGCCGGCGGACUGCGAGAGCCUCCAAGGGAAUGCGGCCUCAGCCUCGGCUCCUCUCGUAGCGAAAUUCCAGGGCAUUGUCCUGCUGGCAGCGUUGCAUUUAAUUUUCUGUAUGCUGUGUUCCAGUUAG